AUGGUGACGACAGUUAGUGGGAGCGGAGGUGUACUUGACUGAGGCGGGAACAUCACGAAAGAUGGACUGGAAGCAGGCGCUGAAAAGCCGGUUGGCCGUCAGUACCGACUCUAAAAGGAGUGACCAAGAAUUGAAGGAUGAAGAGAUGGAGUUGUUUACAAAAUACUACCUAGAAUGGAAAGGAGGAAGAAAAAGUGCCAGUACCUCCUACAUGAACAUACCACGAUUUUAUUACAGGCUGCCAGCAGAAGAUGAAAUAUUGUUACAGAAAUUAAGAGAAGAAUCUAGAGCAGUCUUUUUGCAGAGAAAAAGUAGAGAACUGCUAGAUAAUGAAGAAUUGCAGAAUUUGUGGUUUCUCUUGGAUGAGCAUCAGACACCACCUAUGAUGGGGGAUGAAGCAAUGAUUAACUAUGAAAACUUCUUGAAAGUUGGUGAAAAAGCUGGAUCCAAGUGCAAGCAAUUCUUCACAGCUAAAAUCUUUGCUAAAUUACUUCAUAAUGAUCCUUAUGGAAGAAUAUCUAUCAUGCAGUUUUUCAAUUAUGUAAUGAGAAAAGUAUGGCUGUACCAGACAAGAAUAGGCCUAAGUUUAUAUGAUGUGGCUGGACAAGGUUACCUCAGAGAAUCAGAUUUAGAAAAUUAUAUAUUGGAACUCAUUCCCACGUUGCCACAGCUGGAUGGUUUAGAAAAAUCGUUUUACUCAUUUUAUGUAUGCACUGCAGUCAGAAAAUUCUUCUUCUUUUUAGAUCCUCUCAGAACUGGGAAGAUAAAAAUACAGGAUAUUUUAGCCUGCAGCUUCCUAGAUGACUUACUAGAGUUGCGUGAUGAAGAACUUUCUAAAGAAAGUCAAGAAACAAAUUGGUUUUCUGCUCCUUCUGCUUUGAGGGUUUAUGGCCAAUAUUUAAACCUUGACAAAGAUCACAAUGGCAUGCUUAGCAAAGAGGAAUUAUCUCGAUAUGGAACAGGGACACUAACCAACAUCUUUUUGGACCGGGUCUUCCAGGAGUGUCUGACCUAUGAUGGAGAAAUGGACUAUAAGACGUACUUGGACUUUGUACUUGCAUUAGAAAACAGAAAGGAACCUGCAGCUUUGCAGUAUAUUUUCAAAUUGCUUGAUAUAGAGAACAAAGGAUACCUGAAUGUCUUUUCCCUUAAUUAUUUCUUUAGGGCUAUUCAAGAACAAAUGAAAAUCCAUGGACAAGAUCCAGUUUCUUUUCAAGAUGUCAAGGAUGAAAUCUUUGAUAUGGUAAAACCUAAGGAUCCUUACAAGAUUUCACUUCAAGAUUUAAUCAAUAGUAGUCAAGGAGAUACAGUCACCAGUAUUUUAAUUGAUCUUAACGGCUUCUGGACUUAUGAGAACAGAGAAGUUCUUGUAGCCAGUGAUAAUGACAGUACAACAGAUCUUGUUGAUACAUGAUUUAACAGGAAUAGACUGUAUUAUUGGAGAUAUGCCCAACUGAUACAGUGACUAUUUGAGGCUGAAAAGCAAAUUCAUUACACAUAUCACUGAAGUUUCCAUAUAACUCCAGAAGGACAUCUUUAAAAAAAAAAAAGUGAAAUGAAUCUCAUUUGAGUUUUUAAAAAACACUUACUGAAAACCUGUUAUUAAAUGUUUAAAGAGUUGUUGGUAAUUAUUUAAAUCAUUUCUGAACCUAUAGUAGCAAGCCAUACUGCAUUUUAGACAAGUUAUAUCUUUUGGGAAUUUUCUUGAAUAUUCCAGUUUUGUACUGUUGAAUUGCCAUUGCUAAGACAAAGCCUAAAAUAUUUUUCCUUUCUGUGUGUAAUUACGAAUGUGCAAUUUAAUUCUAAAAAUUAACAAGUAAAUAGUACCUAUCAGAUGGACCAUAUUUAAACACAGUCAAACAGCACUCUCAUUUCCACAAAAGACUAGUAAGCACCUAUGAGUAUAAAUUUUCCCCAACCAGUUGUCUUCCAGAAGUGUUGAACAACUGUAGCAAUAUGGCCCUGUUAUCUGGAUCAGAUCCCAGGUUAAAGAACGGUGGUAUAAAAUACUAUAAUACUUUAAUUCCAUAAAUGCAAAGCAUGGUGAGUUAAAAUGCUUGGUUAAUGAUGCGUACUUCAUUUUGCCUAUAUCGGAUGCAGUUUUUUAAACCAGGUCUUAAGCUUAUUAUGUAUCUUAACCUAGUCCUGAGUAAAAUUUUGGUUUUCCUAAGCUUCAAGGGUGGGUGAUACAAUAAAUUUAAGACUGGGUAAAACGUUGUUGUGAAAUGUAAAAUGAUGGUGCAUACGUUAGCUAGGGGAUUAGGCACAGCAUGUUUUAUAAACACACUGGAAGCCUUGAGUGUUCCAAUAUGUAAUGGCAAUAAAUGGAAUAUGUUUUUUAAAAAGACA